AUGGCCGACCAGCGCGUGACGGUCGAGUCGCUCCCCGAGCUGCUCAAGGACGAUGUCGCCGUCAAGGUGGCGGGCAUCGACGUGGACGGGAUGCUGCGCGGCAAGCUGAUGGCCAAGAGCAAGUUCCUGUCCAUCGCCCAGGACGGCUUCGGCUUCUGCAGCGUCGUCUUCGGGUGGGACAUGCACGACCAGACGUACUUCCGCGAGCUCGGCGUGUCCAACAAGGAGAAUGGCUACCGCGACCUGGUGGCCGUGCCGGACCUGGCCUCGUUCCGCCGCAUCCCCUGGGAGAAGAACGUGCCCUUCUUCCUCGUCUCGUUCCACGACCCGGACACGCACGAGUCGCUGUACGCGUGCCCGCGCAGUCUGCUGCGGCGCGCCGUCGACAAGCUCCGCGACAACGGCUACGGGGCCAUGGCCGGCGCCGAGUACGAGUUCUACCAGUUCCGCGCGCCGCAGACACACGCCGGCCCGGAAAGGAACUCGAGCGGCACCGCGACGUUCCUGCGCGAGAACCCCGUCAACGCGCUGCCCAGCCUGACAGAGGGCAUGUUCGGCUACAGCAUCACGCGGACGGUCCACAACCAGGACUACUUCUACGGCAUCUUCGACGCCUGCGAGAAGUUCAACUGCGGCAUCGAGGGCUGGCACACCGAGUCCGGCCCGGGUGUGUUCGAAGCCGCGCUCCAGUUUGGCGAGAUCAGCGCCAUGGCCGACAAAGCGUCGCUCUUCAAGCUCGUGGUCAAGUCGCUCGGCUCGCAGUACGGCAUCACGCCGUGCUUCAUGGCGAAGCCGCGCGAGGGCCUGCCCGGGAACAGCGGCCACAUGCACGUCUCCAUUGUCGACGAGGCUGGCAAGAACCUGUUUGCGCGGGAGACGGAGGACACAGACGCCCCGUACUCGGACAUAGGGUUCCUGAGCGACCUGGGCCGCCACUUCCUCGCCGGCCUGAUUGACGGCCUGCCGUCGAUUAUGCCCAUACUCGCACCCAACGUCAACAGCUACAAGCGGCUCGUGGAGAACUUCUGGGCGCCCGUGACGGUCUCGUGGGGCCUCGAGCACCGCGCCGCGUCGAUCCGGCUCAUCGCGCCGCCGACGGCCAGCGCAAAGGCGACGCGCUUCGAGGUGCGCGUGCCCGGGGCAGACACCAACCCACACCUGGUGCUGGCGGCGAUCCUGGCGCUCGGGUGGCGCGGGAUCGAGAAGAAGCUGCAGAUAUCGAUUCCGCCGCUGGGCAAGGGCGAGGACGUGGGCGGGGCGGCGGACAAGGGCGAGAGGCUGGCCAAGAGCCUCAAGGAGGCGACGGACAAGUUCAUGGCGGCCGACAGCGUGGCGCGCGAGGUGUUUGGCGACGCGUUUGUGGAGCACUUUGGCGGGACGCGACAGCACGAGAUCCGGCUGUGGGACGAGGCGGUGACGGACUGGGAGGUGAGGCGGUACAUUGAGACGGUGUAG